AUGAACCACACAGGAGAACCCAUCGACAUAUCGGGCGCAGUGCGUCAUAUUGUUUAUGGCGAUCAGAUACUGGAGAAAGGGGGUAAACAAGACGGGUAUGCUAUAGCGGGCUUGGUAGAAACUUACUUGCGGCAGUUGAAGAAGGAAGUCCCGGCUAUAGAGACUACGAUACUUUCCUCGGAUAAUGCGGGAUGCUACCAAUCUAAGGAGCUUCUUCUUUUGUUGCCGCUGUUGAAUUUAGUUCUAAAUAUACAGGUCGUGCGGUACAUUCAUACCAAAACACAGGACGGUAAAGGGCUGAUCGAUGCUCACUUCGCAAGGGGAACAUCCCAUUACAUGAACUUCAUAAGGGCGUCACAACGAAAUCUGAUAAAGAAAAUAGCUACACCGAAAGGCCUCAGCACUGCACUUGCCUGGAACAAUGGUAUCCAGAAUUCGAUUGUGCAACUCGCCAGGAUUGACAGGGACCUAGAAGAAAUUUACCAGGAGAAAGUCAAGAGGUUGGUUACACAGUGUAUGAAGUAUUUUGGACGUGUAAACGAUAUCAUUUAUACAAAUGUAGAGUGUUCGCUAUCCGGUAACGACCGAUAUGAUCUGGCGAAAGUACUUGAUAGUGGGGCCGUGAUAACGUUUAAAGCGUUUACAUAUUCCAACAUAGGUAGUGGGAUGGAAUUCACGGUGAAUUUUGCAACGAACAAAGUAACAGUAGCGCAAGCUGUUUUGCAAGAUAACAAUUCGCGCAACACCACCAUCAACGAUAUGAACGUUAGUGAUACUAAGACUAGCGAGGAGAUACAACUGGACGGAUCCGAUAAGCACGACUCCGAGCAUGUAGAUGAUGAUGUACAAGAUGACGAUGCUCCAGAAGAUGAAGCAGAUUUUGAUAUCGAUACUACUAACAGAGAUGAUCGAGAUACACUAAGCCGUGAUGACGUGCCGAUCGAUCAAAUAGAAGACGAUGUUCAAAGAGAGUUGAAUGAUUACGAAGCGGCAGAUGAAGAAAGUGAGGCUUUUGCACCAGAAGGUUAUAAUCGAUACGGUUCAAUACAAGAUGAUGAGAAGUGCAUCACUGGCACAUGUGUAGUGAAGGCAUCUACUAUUGCCAGUAUUGUUGGCCCACGUUCAAAGAAUCGUAAGAAACGCAAUGCGAAGGUAGCUGCCGAUAUAUGUGUACGUAGAAUAUAUUUAGUUGCGACAAGUGUCCGUCGCGCUAGUUACCUCAUUAACACACACGAAGUCAUAAUACGUGAUGGUUCGUCGGUAUUCCUUGAAUUUAACCUUUCUGAGGAUGUUGUACAAACUAUGAGACUGCCAAGAGGAUGGGCACCUCGUCGACCACACGGCAAACAAUACGGGACAACAUUCAUUGCUAAAUUUGAUCCUGAUAUACGUGCAUACUUCGAACGCGGAGAAGCUGACUCAGCUCGCAAAAUGCAACCGGGAGUCAUGUUAGACCAGCUUCGGCAUCCAGGUUGCUGUUCAUUGACUGGAGAAAAUGAAAUACGUGUAUUGAUCUCAACAUUGAUGCAAGAAAAGAAAGCAGCUGAGACAAGGCGAAAAGCAGAAGAAAAGCGUCAAGCUGGAGAGGUUAGAAGAGUUUCGACUGCUGUAGCUUGUGGUGAAGGUCCAACUAUACAGAGUACAGCAGUACCUACACAAAGAGCACGUAUCGUGAAAUUCCCAGCAGCAUAUAUUCCAUUUAUUGUCGAUACUGUUACAGCAAACAGAGAGGUGAAAUAUGACAUGGUGUAUGAUAGUCUGCAACAAAGGUAUGAAAGAGAUGGUUUGUUCCCGGUCGAUUUCCCAUCGUUCGAUCAGGUCAAGAAGAAAGUGAGCUAUCAGAAGACUAAGUUGAAGAGUCAGGAUAAACAAGCAAUUAUGUGA